CACACACACACACACACAUAUACACGCCCUCCACCCCCAUCGCUGCAGUGUCUCAACUGCCUUGGAGCAAACAGGGAGAGGAUACAGACGUCUUAUAAAAGGCACAGAAAAGAAAGGGAGAUGUAUGUUUAUGUGUGUGUGUGUGUGUGUGAGGAAGAUAUGAAGAUGAAGGAUUAAAGGGUGGAUUUGCUCAGAGCCGCUUGCUCUAUCCCUCGGUCAUCUGCAGUAUUCUUUGUAAAUGGAUGCUGGCUUAUGAACACGAUUCCAGCGUACCGGCAGAGCUGCAGCAGCACACAGCGCUAUGAGUCACACAGCCACAGGAAACAGCUGAUCACAACUCUCUCAAUCUUCGUCACAGUCUGUGGAUUUCUAUUUUACUUUAAAGACUCACGGGCCUUCAGGAAACUGAAGAAUCUUCAAAAGGGCAAGCUCCAGUAAAAACAAAAAGAAAGGGGUGGAUGAUUGCAAGACGCAACACGGGAGCCAUGUGGGAGUGGAGUGAGAGAAUUUUCACCAUCGCACCCAUCAAGCCCAAACCCUUCCUCCACUGAUAUACGCUGAAUGGUGUCCGUCUUCCCUGUAGAGCUUUUCCUUAGGGGCAGACCCUGCUAUGAGCCCCAUCUCCCUUGGCUUCAGCAGGCAGUCCAUCCUCAGUGCCAGGCACAGUGUGGGCAUCCCACAAGUCUGGGUUUUGCCCACACAGGACUCACAGACUGCCCCUGAGAAAAAAACAAUGAAACGCUGCUGAGUCACUUGGUCAUUGUGACGUCGUACCCGCCUCCUCUCCCAACGAUCCUCGACCUCCACCAAAGUUAUCCGUCACCUCUUCUUUGCAAUUUGCUCUCCCUUCCGGCGGCAGCACGAGUUCCUUUGCGCUUACCACGUGGUGGAGGACCAUGGGAUGCCGUCAGAGCUCGGAGGAGAAGGAAGCGGCUCGGCGCUCGCGGCGGAUAGACCGCCACCUGCGCUCCGAGAGCCAGCGGCAGAGGCGUGAGAUCAAGUUACUGCUACUGGGCACCAGCAACUCUGGCAAGAGCACCAUUGUCAAGCAGAUGAAGAUCAUCCACAGCGGCGGCUUCAACCUGGAGGCCUGCAAGGAGUACAAGCCCCUCAUACUGUACAAUGCCAUCGACUCGCUCACCCGCAUCAUCCGCGCCCUCACCACCCUUAAGAUCGACUUUCACAACCCCGAUCGCGCCUACGACGCUGUGCAGCUUUUCGCCCUCACAGGGCCGGCCGAAAGCAAGGGGGAGAUUACUCCAGAGUUGCUGGGGGUCAUGAAACGCCUCUGGGCGGACUCCGGGGUCCAAGAGUGCUUUCAGCGGUCCAAUGAGUACCACUUAGAGGACAACACGGCAUACUACCUGAACGACCUGGACCGUAUCUCCGCGCCUGAGUACAUCCCCACGGUGGAAGACAUCCUGCGAUCCCGUGACAUGACCACCGGCAUUGUGGAGAACAAGUUCACCUUCAAGGAGCUCACCUUCAAGAUGGUGGACGUGGGCGGACAGCGAUCAGAGAGGAAGAAGUGGAUCCAUUGUUUCGAGGGCGUGACUGCAAUCAUUUUCUGUGUUGAACUGAGUGGCUAUGACCUCAAACUCUACGAGGACAACCAGACGAGCCGGAUGGCCGAGAGCUUGCGCCUCUUCGACUCCAUCUGCAACAACAACUGGUUCACCAACACGUCGCUCAUCCUUUUCCUCAACAAGAAGGACCUGCUGGCGGAGAAGAUCAAGCGCAUCCCGCUGACUGUGUGCUUCCCCGACUACAAGGGCCAGAACACCUACGAGGAGGCGGCCGUCUACGUGCAGCGGCAGUUCGAGGACCUCAACCGCAACAAGGAGACCAAGGAGAUUUACUCGCACUUCACCUGUGCCACAGACACCAGCAACAUCCAAUUUGUGUUUGACGCCGUCACGGACGUGAUCAUCCAAAACAAUCUCAAGUACAUCGGGUUGUGCUAGGAGUUUGGACGGCGGGUGGGCGGUCGCGGCUUAUCAGAUUGAUGUGAACAGAAUGCAAGUUGUAGUAAAGCGGAAGGGAAGGCUGAUGGAGGAUUGAAAUGCUUUAGCUGAGGCGACAGAUGCAGUGAAUAUGAGUAUGCAGAGACACCCAAACACACCCUUACGUUUGUUCACACACAGGAUGUUUGGACGAAGAGACAAGCACUUGACAACAGUGGACAUGUUGGACACUUUCCUCCACCUGCCUGCCAAACCUAAGACUACCAAGCAAUUGCCAGGUGACUUUUUUUGGGUUCACUUUUGUUUUAUUUGCCUGAGGACAUUUAAUGCUGCUUUACAGGAAAUAUUUUUUGGGGGAAAAAUUUUUAAAAAUGUGCUCUUGAAGGAUUUUUUUCCACUGUAAGUGUGCGUUGACACUUGUGGUUCAGUACUCCGGUCCAGAGCUCAAAUAUAAAAAAAAAAAGAUACAUAGUGCUCACUUUGGUACAGUUUGCUGCGCACUCACCCUGGUAUUUGUUUCAUGGGACUAAAGGCUGCGUAGUAAAGAACAUAUGCAUAAAGCAGUGGUUCUCAAAUAUUUUUCGUUAUGAACUGAAAUACUAUUGAGAACUUGAUCAUUAUUUAUCUGCACAAACCACUGUAUGGGUUGCUGGCACCAAAAUACAUAGACAAAUAGAUAAAUAAACUGCAACAACUUCAUUUUCAAGUUAAGUUCAUGAACUCUAUUUAACCCAAGAAUGCUCAGAGGAAAAAGAUUCACAAAAAUGAAAAACGAUUCACACACUGGUCUUUCCUAAUUUCCUACCAUAAACCCAAGGGCUAUGUGUGCUUCGUUGUAUGUCUUGGCCUUUUUAUUCCAGUAAUUGUUUGUUUUCCUUGCAUCUGAUGUCUCCUUCCUUUUUCUUUUCAUUUCUGUCAGAAACUUCUCCAUUGCUCACCCUCCGUCAGCUCUGCACACUAAUGUUUCUGUGUACAGUCGUCCCUCACUACAUCGUGGUUCAAACAUCACUCCCUCACUCUAUCGCGCUUUUUCAAAAACGAGUUAAUUAAUAAAUGAUCGCUGUUUCGUGGUAGCCCAUUAUCAGCCAAAAAAUACUGAAAGACAAGUCAUACCUGUAUGUAGUAUUCUGGUCUCUCGGCGCCAGUAAUGACACACAACAUUGAUGAGACAUGACAUGACAUGACCUUAACAAUGCAUGUAGUCAGCCAUGCCAUGUUCGACGUGACAGAGUGAAAAAAAGUUCUCCCAUUCCAUAUGAAAGUGGCAAGUUCUUGGCUUCUUACUUUGUCCUUCUUUCCCACUGUUUGAAACCCUUACUUAAGUUUAGAACAAAUAAAAUGGAGGCUAAUUACUUAGCUCGCUAGCAUGCUCUUGUGUCCCUGCAGUGAUCCCGUAGCAGCUGCGCAUUAGCAAUGUGGUGUAAACAAAGAAUAAAAGGUGUGUAAAGAUGGCUAUUUAUUAAAAUUGAAUCCUACAGAAAUUCAUAGAAAAUCAAUUUUCUGGGCCGCUUAUCCAAAUUAGGGUCGUGGGGGUAUGCUGGAGCCUAUCCCAGCUGACUUCGGGAGAGAGUCGGGGUACACCCUGGACUGGUCGCCAGCCAAUCGCCGGGCACAUAUAGACAAACAAUCAUUCACGCAAUUAACCUAACAUGCAUGGGGAGAACAUGCAAACUCCACACAGAGAUGCCCAACGGAGAUUUGAACCCAGGUCUUCCCGAUCUCCUGACUGUGUGGCCAACAUGCUAACCACUCACCCACCGUGCGGCUCGGGUCUGUAACCAAUUAACCUCGAUAAACAAGAGAUGAUUGUACUUCUGGGUUGAACAGGCAGAUUAGUUUGAUUGCUUAGUUUAAGCACUGCUGCCACUUCACUGGAAACUUACAGAUCAUUCAAGCAUAAAUACCAUACAUGAAGGCAAUGCAUGAAGACACUAAUACUGUUGCUGGCAAAACAGCUCAUUAGCGGCCCCUCAUCCUAUGGGACGAGACAUUAGGACAUUGCAAACUUCUUCCUCUGUUUAGAGAAGAGGGCCAUUGAACCUUGCCACCCAAGAAAGGAAGGCAAUGACAUCGCUACAGAACGACGACAUCACAAUUCUACCAGCUAACUAGAGAAGAUGCACUGAUCAUCAACACCAUGGAUGACAAGGCAAAGCUGACUGCACUACUGGACGACAACACAUAAGGUAGAUGAUAGAGGGAUCCCACCAGUGGAUAAAAGAAGAAGUUCAUUGAAUGUCUUCAGAAGCUAGCAGCUGGAAUUGACCGACGCAUGUUCUACUGCAUGAACCCACGCCUUGCACUUACAGACUUCCAAAAAUUCACAAGCUCCACUCUGGCCUAUCAUCAGAAGCAUUAAAUUCCCCCACCUUCAACAUUACCAAAUAGCUAGCCACCAUUCUUGCAUCACUGGUUGGUGGUACCCCACACCAUAUCGACGUCCAACACAAUGACUAUAUAACAAGCACCUCUUGUAAAAGUCUGCUACACAACUCUUCACAACAGACUUCACCAACGAGGUCCUGAACCUGAGACAUCAUUCAAUAUCACCACCGCGGCCAUUGAUGUGGUCAGGGAACGACUGAAACAAGACUCCAGUCUACAGGACAGAACCGAACUCACUCCGAACCAUCUACUCAGACACUGAACCCAUCCGAUGGCAUUUUGGUUUGGGACUAUUUGAGUUCUGUCAAGUAUUACAUUGCAAAAGCUGCCCAAUCAAGUCCUUACUUUAUGCAUAUGUUCUUUACUGCAUAACCUUUGGUCCCAUGACAAAAAUCCCACCGUGAACGCUAAGAUAUGCGCACCAAAGUGCGUACUUUUUCGCAUUUUAGAUCCGGAAUAGAGUAGCAAACCACAAGUAUGAACGCAGCCUAAGAAUGCUAUGACAGUGAGGAGUCGCAAGAGGGGUUUCUUGAGGGGGGAAUCACAUAACGGUCGACAUGAUGUCAAAGGGUUUCUGCCUGAAAGAGGAAACUGCCACAGUUUUAAGUCGAACUUUUCUACGCACUAUUUCAAUUUGUCUCCACCUAACUUCUCUUAACACCGUUUCUUUUCCUCUCCUUUCUUUGGCUUUUUGUGCAUUUAAGUCAACAAAAAAAAGAAUAUGUCUGUCAAACCUGACUUUUUUUUCCAUAGCAGGUCACUGGCGUCCGUCAUACCAGGAGUGUUACACUCGAUAGUGUCAAAAAGUAUUCUCUGCCGUAAGACAAAAACAGUGCCAAGAUCAGUUUGUAAAUAAAAACGGACAACUUUAUGAUUAUUUUCGGUUUGGUUUUAUGGGAGAAAAAUAUGUUACAACAUGCAUGUUUUUCGUUACUUUGGGAUACUACUACUCUAUUUUCCUUGGAAUUCUGUUUCUCUUUUUCUUAGGUUUGAAUAAUAUAUUCCCACAAAAUAUAUAUUGAAGUCAAUCACUGUGUACGAUUGUACAGUUGUCAAGAGAGGAUUCUAUUGAAGAGUUUAUCCAUAUAAAUGAUGAUGAAAAUAUGAUGAUGGGAAGGUAAAUCAAGGAGAGAGGAGAACAAGGACUGUGGAGAAUGUGAAAAAAAAAGUUCAACGCAAAAGUUCAAUCUUCCUUGCAUUAUCUAAGUGGAAAUUGUCCAACAGUCAGUAUCAUGUGUAAAUAUACUGUACGGUGCAUUCUUUGUCAAAACAAAUAACAGUGGUUGAGUUGGGUGACAAAGAGAGAAAGAGUGAGUAAGAGAAGGAGGACAAUUCUAUUGCACUCCUCCUCUUACGCUUUCUUUUCACUUAAAGACGUGCAAACAACUCAGCUAAGGGCUUCACGCUUGACAGGAUGUCCACUUCAAGAGGAAAAAAAAAAAUCAAUUAAACUUAAAUGAAAAAGGACAACUAUGAAUAAAACAACUUAUGCAAAUUU